CGCCGGCGCAGCCCGCUCGAAGCCCCGACCCGUCGAGCGUCGCGCCAGCCCGCGCCCAUGCAGCUCCGCCGGCAACCGCUUCCCGCGCCCCGACCGGGGGACCGGUACCCCGCCGCCCCGCUGCUCGCGCUGCUCCUGCUGCUCGCCCUCCAGGGGGCGGCGGCGGCGCCCGCGGGGUCCGGGGAGCCCGAGCACUCCGGGUGGCGUCAGGACGCGGAGCUCCCGCGCGGGCUCCUGUCGCAGGCGGCGCGCGCGGCGCUGCACUUCUUCAACUUCCGCGCGAGCUCGCCCAGCGUCCUUCGAGUGCUGGCUGAGGUGCAGGAGGGCCGCGCGUGGAUUAAUCAAAAGAAGGAAUAUAAAGUUGACCUGGUGUUUACCACGGAGCUCUACAACCCAGAGGAAGGUAAGGAACGUCUGGGGAAAUGUUCUGCUCGAGUGUUUUUCAGGAACGAGAAACCCAGACCGGCCAUUAAUAUAACGUGUACUCGGCUCAUUGAGAAGAAUACAAGACAACAAGAAGAUUAUCGGCUCUACAAGUACAUGAAGCAACUUAAAAACCUCUUGGAUGUAGUCAGCAUACCUGAUAGUCAUGGACAUAUUGAUCCCUCUCUGAGACCCAUCUGGGAUUUAGCUUUUCUGGGCAGCUCUUACGUGAUGUGGGAAAAGACAACACAGUUUUUACACUACUACAUGGCACAGCUCAGCAGUGUGAAGCAGUGGAAAACAAAUGAAGAUGCAAUUGAUUUUGAUUAUACUGUUCUACUCCAUGAAUUCUCAACACAGGAAAUGAUUCCCUGUCAUAUUCACUUGGUCUGGUACCCUGGCAAACCACUGAAGGUGAAGUACCACUGUCAAGAGCUACAGACACCAGAAGAAGCCUCUGGAACUGAAGAGGGAUCAGCUGUGGCACCAACAGAGCUUAGUAAUUUCUGAAAAGCAAAAAAGAUCUGUUUAUACUAAAUUCUGAACAAAAUGACUACACUUAAUAGCCUAAAUCAUUAUUCUAGUAAAAUAGCCAAGGUAUAAGGCAUUCUAAUAAUUUGGGAAAGCCUGUGAUUACAAGUAAAUACUCAAAAAUUAAAAGAUACUGGGAUUUUUGGUUUUUGAUUGGUUUGGUUUAGUUUUUAACUCUGGGAGCACAUGCAAACUGAACUCUGCUCAGUGCUAAACAGUUACUCUGCAGGUUCCUCAGGGUUUUAGCCCUAAAAUGUAAAACCAAGUCAGUUAGUGUAUGCUGCAGCUGGACCAGUAAGUAUUUAAAAAACAUAACAAAAUAAAAUUGAUGGUCACAUCUAUAAAUCUGCAUUUCUCAAUAUUUUGAACAUAUUGUAGCUAACUAUUCUGUGUUGUUAAAUUGCUUCUACCUAGUAUGUUAAAAAAGAUAAUAUAUUUCAGUGAAAGCAAAUCGUAGGGAAAAUAUUACCUGUUUAAA